GUCAUUAACAACAUUUCUAUUUCAACGACCUACAAGUCGGUAAAGGUCGAUCCUUAGGGUACAUAAAACCGUCCCGACUAUCUGGACGGCUAAGUAAAAUUUAAAAUCAGAAAUGCUGCGAACGAUUUUAGUACGAAACCAAAUUUUAAACGAUAGCCUGAAAAAAGCUAUUCGUAGUAAUGUAGCCAGAUGUUUGAGCACAGAGUUGACCAGAAGGAAACAACCAAGAAAAAUUCUAGAGUUAUCAGAAAAGGGUAAAAGCAUAACUUCACAAUGGAAUAUCCAAAUGAGGUAUUAUUCAAGUCUUCCUACGCAUUCAAAGGUGAAUCUUCCCGCUCUUUCUCCUACUAUGGAGAGUGGCUCCAUUGUCAGCUGGGAAAAGAAAGAGGGUGAUAAACUAAAUGAAGGGGAUCUCCUUUGUGAAAUUGAAACUGAUAAGGCAACGAUGGGUUUUGAAACACCUGAAGAAGGUUAUUUGGCUAAAAUUCUGAUACCUGCUGGUACUAAAGGUGUACCUGUGGGUAAAUUACUCUGCAUCAUUGUUGAAAACGAGGCAGAUGUUGCAGCAUUCAAAGAUUUUAAAGAUGACUCCACAGGGGAUUCAAAACCAGUACCAUCGAAACCAAAAGCCGCGGCAGCUCCACCACCUGCGGCGGCUGCCCCAGCAGCUCCUGCGCCCGCCGCACCUGCUGCAGCCGCGCCCAGACCUGCGGCCGCACCCGCAUCCGCGCCCGCCGUGGACCAGCACAGUCGGAUUUAUGCCAGCCCUAUGGCUAGACGACUGGCUGAACUUAAGAAUCUUAGGCUUGGAGGGCAAGGCUCGGGGCUGUACGGGUCUCUAAAGAGUGGCGAUCUCUCAGCCGCGCCGGCCGCGCUGCCCGCGCCGCCGCCGCCCGCGCCCGGCGCCACCUACACCGACAUCCCGCUCAGCGGCAUGCGCGAGACCAUCGCCAAGCGCCUCUCCGCCGCCAAGCAGAACAUUCCGCAUUACCAGCUGUGUGCGACUGUCAAUGUGGAGAAGCUGUUAGAAAUGAGGAAGGAGGUCAACGCGAGGCUUGCUGCUGAGAAAUCUGAUGUAAAGGUAUCCGUAAACGACUUUAUCUUGAAAGCUGUGGCCGCGGCUUGCAAGCGAGUGCCAACCGUCAAUUCCCACUGGAUGGACACGUUUAUAAGACAAUUCUCUAACGUUGACGUGAGUGUGGCGGUCGCAACACCGACGGGUUUGAUAACACCGAUCAUAUUUAAUGCGGAUUCGCGCGGCAUCAUAGACAUUUCCACCAAUAUGAAAGAACUCGCAGGCAAGGCUAAGGAUGGUCGCCUUCAGCCACAAGAGUACCAGGGAGGCACAGUGACCGUAUCUAACCUGGGAAUGUUUGGUAUCACAAUGUUCAACGCAAUCAUCAAUCCCCCACAGUCACUAAUUUUGGCUUGCGGUGGUCUGCAAGAGAUUGUCAUUCCUGACAAAAACGAGCCACAAGGCUUCCGACUCGCUAAAUUCAUAACAUUCACCGCUUCAGCGGAUCACAGAGUUAUUGAUGGAGCGGUUGGUGCCCAAUGGAUGAAGGUCCUAAAGGAGAACAUUGAGAAUCCCGCCAACAUCAUACUGUAAAUUUAGUUUCAUUAAAUUAUUUCAUUGUAGUUUGCUGAUUUCAUUGACAGUUAUUGUUAUUGGAUCGGAUUCCGUUAUCGCCACUGCCUUUGAAUCGCCAUCGUAAAUAGAAUCACGACUGUAUGUUAUUUUGUAUUAUUUUAAAGUGGAAGUUUGGACAUAUAUAUAUUGAAUGUAUUUAAGUUCAUUUAGUUCGAGGUUAUUACAUACCAUUUCAUAUUCAGCAAAUUAUAAUGAAAUUAGAAACAAAAUGGCUGCCGUAUCCUUCGAUUUCAUCCUGUUUAUCGUUUUUUUUUUUAUUUAUUUUAACAUCAAAUCGCUUAGUAUAAGUCUUAAUAUUUUACAAAACAGUAGAUUAUAAUUAUAUGUAUAAGGACAAUAGUUUUUUUUUAUUAGAUGACAGUAAAAUUUUUUGAAGGAUAUGCAGUGAAAAUUAAGGGACUAUUUAUUUAGUAAUAUAAGCUAAAACACGAUUUAAAAAAAAUUAUACAUAACAUAUUUGAUCAUUAAAAAUAAUGUUAUUUACCUCAAAACGUUUUAUUUCAUUUUGUUGCAAUUUCUAUUGUUUUCGAAUUAUAAGUGUAAUGUUUUAUGAUAUUGGAUUAUUUUUGGCGUGAGACAAUUUGUAUCUUGCCUUUUCAAUCAAUGUCUUGUUAAAUGAUUAUAAAACAAAUGUUAAAGUGAUCUUAACUAGAAUAUUAUGCAUUUUCGUAUAUUUAUUUUGUCUUUUUGGAAUAGAGAUCUAUUUGUAAAGAUAUUUUUCUUGCGUUUCAUGUGAAUUUAAUAACAUUAUGUUAAAUCAUUGGCUAAAUAUCGAUGUAAAUAACCGAAUCUAUCGAAACGAGUAAUUUGUUACCAUCUUUUUCGUCUAAUGCUAGAUGAUUUUAUGAACGUUAGUGAAUAUAUAUAUAUAUUAUUUAUAAAUAAAAAAAAAUUUAAAUUAUCUUGUUUA